ACGUUGGCAUUGCAUAUUUCCUUGUUCAUGAAAGUUUUGGUAAUGGAUGGAUAUCAACUUUAAGGAUAAUGCAUGAUUGAUGCACCUGUAUAAGCAGAGUAGACAAAUUUUAACUUUUGUUCUUUUUCUUCUUCUUUUUGGGGAGCAGGAGGAUUCAGGUUUUCUAAGCCUAAACAGAGCCAUGAGCCUUGACAGUGUGGACAUUGAUCUGAGUAAAGAGCUCACAUUGCCUCCUCCAAAGCCUGUGUCAGAACUGCAAGUUGAGGCUGCGAGGCGUGGACGUUUGUUGGCUGAAAGUGGUGGGAAUGCGACACCUAGAUGGAGAUUUGUUCCUACUCGAUGGGAACAAGAGAAGUGGGAUCGGGCAAAUAAAGCUGCAACUGGUGGCAGUGAAGUCAUGCUGCGUGAGUCGAAAAGGGAGAGAGGGGAUCCAAAAGUAUUGGCAGCUCAAUCAAGGGAGCAGUAUUUUAAGUUGAAGCAGAAGUUGCAAAUCCUCACGUUGGGGAUAGGUGGCGUUGGUGUAUUCUCUGCUUACGUUUCUUACUCUCCAGAAAUCGCAGCUAGGGGAGCAAUUGGGCAACCGAGGCUAUUGGUUCCAGUGGCAUUGGUCAUGAUUUAUAACUGUUGGAAUGGGAUCCUGGCGCCAGAUUAUGGCUUCAUGCACCUUGAUUUGAUACCAAUGCUUGUGGGGUUUUUCACCUACAAGGUGACUACUUUUAUUCAAGCUAUCGAGGAGGCCCUGACUAUUGUCGAGAACAAGCAACAAGUAUAGAAGAACCUGAUUGUUGUCGAGAACAAGCAGCAAUUGUGGAAAACCAGCAAUUUUUAUACAUGACCUUUGCCGUGCCAUUUUCUUCUCAAGGUAUGGAAACUAGAGAAGCAUGUUUUUUCCUGUAAUUGGAUGAAUUAUGGCAUUGGAUUUGAAGUUUGUCGAAAACCAUGUUCCACACUAUGUGUACAUGUAUUUUAGAUCCUGAGGAGAAAAAAAAUCCACUUCCCUACUGCACUA